UAAUAAUUUGGGGAAAAAAAUCAAAAACCCUAUUUCCUUUUCCUGAAGAGCGGUCGUUGAAAUCACGCAAUAAGUAGAACACAUUUGGACAACAACCAAAAAAAAAAAAGAUAAAAUAAAAAAUAAACAAAAACCCCCAAAUUUGAGUCUCCUCCGGAAAAAAAUUCGAAAUUCCGGAUCCACCGCCAUCGAUCCCUAGCUUUAUCUCUUUCUCUCAAUCCUCGCCGGCGAAGCCAGUAGGGUUUCUCAAUUCGUUCUUAGAGUACUGUGGCAAUGAGGAAAGGAGCGAAGAGAAAGGGUGUUUCAAAAGCAGGUCGCAAAGCUGCUGUUGCGGAGACUCAGAACGAUGAGGUGAUAGAGGAGACGACGACGCAGGAGGAGAGUCAACAGCCUAAGGAAGAAGUCGUCGACGAGAAGAAGGAGAAUGGGGAAGAAGAGGAGGCCAAGGGAGAUCAAGAGGACGAAGAGGAGGCGAAACCUGAUUCCUUAGAGAAGGAGGAGGAGGAGAAUCAGGAAGAUGAGGUCAAAUCUGACGAAGUUAAGGAAGUAGAUGAGAAGAAACCUGUUGCUCGUCGUGGUGGUAAACGAAAGAGGGCUACGAAGAAGGAAACUGAGAUUAAAGAUGAGAAGAAACCGGUUCCGAGUGUUAAGAAACCUCGAGUAGCCAAAGUUAAGGAAGAGCCUGUCUACUUUGAGGAGAAGCGUAAUCUGGAGGAUUUGUGGAAGGUUGCGUUUCCAGUGGGAACUGAGUGGGAUCAAUUAGAUGCACUUUAUGAAUUCAAUUGGGAUUUCCAAAAUCUUGAAGAAGCAUUGGAGGAAGGAGGGAAGCUCUAUGGGAAGAAGGUUUAUGUUUUUGGCUGUACAGAACCUCAACUAGUCCCCUACAAAGGCGCAAACAAGAUUGUCCAUGUCCCAGCAGUUGUUGUUAUUGAAUCACCCUUUCCGCCUUCUGAUAAGAUAGGAAUCACAUCUGUUCAGAGAGAAGUGGAGGAAAUCAUUCCAAUGAAGAAGAUGAAAAUGGACUGGCUUCCUUACAUUCCGAUUGAAAAAAGAGAUAGACAAGUGGACAAGAUGAACUCUCAAAUUUUUACCUUGGUUUGUACGCAGAGGAGAUCUGCUCUCAGACAUAUGAAGGAAGAUCAACUUAAGAAAUUUGAGUAUUGCCUUCCUUACUUCUAUCAACCCUUUAAGGAAGAUGAACUUGAACAGAGUACUGAGGUCCAAAUAAUGUUCCCCUCUGAACCCCCGGUUGUAUGUGAAUUUGACUGGGAGUUUGACGAAAUUCAGGAAUUUGUCGAUAAACUGGUUGAAGAGGAAGCAUUACCUGCUGAACAAACGGAUGAAUUCAAAGAAUAUGUCAAAGAGCAAGUUCGAGCAGCAAAGAAAGCAAAUCGAGAAGCCAAAGAUGCUCGAAAGAAAGCAAUAGAAGAAAUGAGCGAAGAUACUAAGCAAGCCUUUCAAAAGAUGAAGUUCUACAAAUUCUACCCUCAGCCUUCACCAGAUACACCAGACGUCUCAGGUGUCAAGUCCCCGUUCAUUAAUCGAUACUAUGGAAAGGCUCAUGAAGUCCUUUGAGAUCAGACCCUUGAGAACCCAGGAUAGCUUUUCUUGGCAGCUUCAGCAGAAAUCAAAGUUAUUGAAUCACAGGUGCUCUCAGAAACUCUUUGAGCUAUUAUAGUUAUAAAGCCAAGUUUGUAGGACAAAAUGUCUUUUACUUUUAUGAGUUUGUAUUCCCUUCCAAAAGUACUUGAGAUCUUAGAAGAGUCACGGGAACCAAUUCUUUUUGCGGAAAAUUGGAGGCAACUUUUUAUAAUUCUACUACCCUUGACCUUGAUGUUUUUCUUAAAUUGCAAUGGCAUUUCUCAAAUUACUUU